GACGGAACUGAGCGGGCGGCUGGCCGGGCGCGCGCGCCGCAGAGGGGCCGGCAGGAGCUGCGGGGAGCGCCGCGACCGCCGCCAUGGCCAGCCAGUCGCAGGGCAUCCAGCAGCUGCUGCAGGCGGAGAAGCGGGCGGCCGAGAAGGUCGCCGAGGCCCGCAAGCGGAAGAACCGGCGGCUGAAACAAGCGAAAGAAGAGGCCCAGGCCGAAAUUGAGCAGUAUCGCCUACAGAGGGAGAAAGAAUUCAAAGCAAAGGAAGCAGCGGCACUUGGUUCCCAUGGCAGCUCGGCCACUGAAGUGGAAAAGGAAACUCAGGAGAAAAUGUUGGUGCUUCAGAACAGCUUCCAGCAGAGCAGAGAGGAAGUCCUGGGCAAACUUCUCAACUUGGUCUUUGACAUCAAGCCAGAAAUCCACUUGAACUACCGUAUCAAUGGAUAGAGGAGCAUCUAGAAGUAUUGGGCAAUGCUGACUCUUUCCCUUCUCUUUUCCAAGUUCUUAACUUAGUUCCAAGAGGCCUUUUGCUGAAGCAUCUUGCCUCCUUUUUCUAGCCUUUUUGGAGUUCAUCCAAAGAUAGGGAUACACUCAUUCUGUGUUUGAAAAGUGCAUUGUAAUGCACAAGUUUAAAGUGGAAGGUUCAGAUGGGAUGAUCUGUAAUAAGUAUUCAAUUGACACUUUGGCCCCAAGGAGGAGUUGUAAGUUAGGAAGGGUUUGAAGUCUGACGGACUGACUUCUGUACGCCCCUUAAAUUGUGAAUGUAUAAACUGGGCCUGCUGGCAAGUAAUGUCUCCAACUCUAGCCUUGCUAUUAAACAAGGUGCAGGUUUGGUUCAUAAAGCUGUAGAACUUAAUGAUACAGGAGAAUCCAAAGUCUUGUGAAAGUAUUUUGCAGUAGGUUCUAUUUAAGUGAUUGUCCCUUGAUUAUCUUCCUGUUUAACUUGAACUAGAAACCUUCACUUAUGGGUGCUUGAAUCAAAAAUAAAGACCUUAUUUAAUCUGG